UGGCCCGCAGGUAGCCGGCGCCCGGGCGCCUUUCCCAGCCUGGAAGGGCCUGUUGGCAGCUCCUCCGCCCAGGGCCCGGGGGCUGGGGGCUCCGCUCUCGGAGGGGCGCCGCCGGGAGCCAUGGACUCGGGCGCGGGGGCCGCGACCGGAGAGGGGCCGCCCGCGCCCCGGCCCCGCCGCCGCCGCUCGCUGCGCCGCCUGUUCGGCCGCUUCCUGCUGGCGCUGGGCAGCCGCUCCCGCGCCGGGGACUCGCCGCCCCGGCCCCGGCCCCGGCCGGGACUCGGCGAUGGCGACGGGGAGGGGGGCUUUGCCGGCCCCUCGGGUGCAGAUGCAGCUGCGCCCGGAAGCCCCGGGGAGGAGCGCGCGCCCCGACCCCAGCCCCAGCUCCCCGCCGGCGACGGGGCGCGGCCCCCGGGGGCGCAGGGCUUGAAGAACCACGGCAACACCUGUUUCAUGAACGCCGUGGUGCAGUGUCUCAGCAACACCGACCUGCUGGCAGAGUUCCUGGCGCUGGGGCGCUACCGGGCGGCGCCGGGCCGCGCCGAGGUCACCGAGCAGCUGGCGGCGCUGGUGCGCGCGCUCUGGACGCGCGAAUACACGCCCCAACUUUCCGCCGAGUUCAAGAACGCCGUCUCCAAGUACGGCUCUCAGUUCCAAGGCAGUUCCCAGCACGACGCCCUGGAGUUCCUGCUCUGGCUGCUGGACCGCGUGCACGAGGACUUGGAGGGCUCGUCCCGAGGGCUGGGGUCCGACCAGCCUCAGCCUGAAGCCAGGAAGACCUCUGAGAACCUCCUGUCGCCAUCAGCUCAGCUUUCUCUAGGCCAAAGCUUUGUGCAAAGCCACUUUCAGGCACAGUACAGAUCGUCCUUGACCUGUCCGCACUGCCUGAAACAGAGCAACACCUUCGAUCCUUUCCUGUGUGUGUCACUGCCUAUCCCCUUGCGCCAGACGAGAUUCUUGAGCGUCACCUUGGUCUUCCCCUCUAAGAGCCAGCAGUUCCUGCGGGUUGGCCUGGCCGUGCCCAUCCUCAGCACCGUGGCAGCCCUGAGGAAGAUGGUUGCAGAGGAAGGCGGCAUCCCUGCAGAUGAGGUGAUCUUGGUUGAACUUCAUCCCAGUGGACUCCAGCGGUCUUUCUUUGAUGAAGAGGACUUGAAUACUAUUGCAGAGGGAGAUAAUGUGUAUGCCUUCCAAGCCCCUCCACCACCUGGCCAGGAGAUGCUCUCAGCUUAUCCAUCUGGUCUAUCCAUCUCCCCGCGCUUGGCAGCCCGCGAGGGUCAGCGAUUAUCCCUGUCCGUCCACAGUGAGACCACGGUGCUAAUCCUCUUCUGUAACUUGGUGGGCUCAGGGCAGCAGGCCAGCAGGUUUGGGCCACCUUUCCUGUUAAGGGAAGACAGAGCCAUCUCAUGGGUCCAGCUCCAGCAGUGUAUUCUCAGCAAGGUCCGCUAUCUCAUGAGGAGUGAGGCCCCCAUACAGAACCCGGGGUCGCUGUUCUCCAUCCGGGUGGUGGGGCUCUCCCUGGCCUGCAGCUACUUGUCCCCACAGGACAGCCGGCCCCUCUGUCACUGGGCAGUUGACAGGGCUCUGCACCUCAGGAGGCCGGGAGGCCCCCCGCACAUCAAACUGGCCGUGGAGUGGGACAGCGGCGCCAAGGAGCGCCUGUUCGGGAGCCUCCAGGAGGAGCGGGUUCAGGACGCGGACAGCGUGCGGCGGCAGCAGCAGGUCCACCAGCAGCACAGCUGCACCCUGGACGAGUGUUUCCAGUUCUACACCAAGGAGGAGCAGCUGGCCCAGGACGACGCGUGGCGCUGCCCCCACUGCCGGGCCCUGCAGCAGGGCGUGGUGAAGCUGAGCCUGUGGACCCUGCCCGACAUCCUCAUCGUCCACCUCAAGCGGUUCUGCCAGGUGGGCGAGCGGAGGAACAAGCUCUCCACGCUGGUGACGUUCCCGCUCGCCGGCCUCGACAUGGCUCCCCACGUGGCCCAGACGAGCUCGGGCCCCAAGGCCGCGCCGGGCCCCUGGCCUCCUUCCUGGAAGCAGCCGGCCUGCCUGCCCACCAGCUACCCGCCGGACUUCCUGUACGACCUGUACGCCGUCUGCAACCACCACGGCAGCUUGCAAGGUGGGCAUUACACAGCCUACUGCCGGAACUCUCUGGACGGCCAGUGGUACAGUUAUGAUGACAGCACGGUGGAACUGCUUCUAGAAGAUGAGGUCAAUACGCGAGGGGCUUACAUCCUGUUUUAUCAGAAGAGAAACAGCAUCCCUCCCUGGUCAGCCAGCAGCUCCAUGAGAGGUUCCACCAGCUCCUCCCUGUCUGACCACUGGCUCCUCCGGCUCGGGAGCAGUAAUGGUAGCACGAGAGGCAGCCUGCUGUCCUGGAGCUCGGCCCCCGGCCCCGCCCGGCCCCAGCCGCCUGAGCCUGCCUUCUACGCAAACAGCAUCCCCAGUCAGGAGAAGGGACGCUUGGAGGCCAGGCCUGUGGCACGGGGCGUCCAAGGCAGCAUCAGCAUGAAGGUGACCACCCCUUCCCGAGCCAAGCAGGGGACCUUCAAGACCAUGCCUCUCCGGUGGUCUUUUGGCCCCAGGGAGAAACCCCCAGGUGCAUCCGUCGAGCUGGUCGAGUACUUGGAGUCCAGACGGAGACCUCGGUCCACGAGCCAGUCCAUCGUGCCGCUGCUGAUGGGUGCUGCCGGUGGGGACAAGAAGUCAAACGCCACCCACCCUGCUGAGGGUGACAAUGGUGGGCGAGCUGGCGAUCGAGGGCUGGCCGGAGCACCCUGCCCCUCGGGCCACCCCAGCCACUGCACGGUCCCUGGCAACUCAGAUGGCCCGAACGCAGCAAGGAAGCUCAAGGAAAACGCAAGUCAGGAUAUCAGGCUGCCCAGACAGUUUGACCUGCCCCUCACAGUGAUGUCCUCCGUGGAGGACGGGAAACGAGCCCGGCUGGAGGGCCAGAGGACCACGAGCUGUAAGGGAAGUGGCCCCGUGGGGAGCCGUGGCCAAGCACCCUCCCCCAAGGAGGCUCCCAGGGCUGCCACGGUAUCUGGAAACAGUGCAGACAGUCGCCCAAAUAACUUCAGCAAGGUGCGGGCCAAUGCGGAGAGAAGGGACCUCGAGACAGACAGAUUCCCGCAGGGGACCCUCACCCUCCUGAGGGCUGUGUUUUGGAAGAAGGAGAACAGGAAGAGUGACAGGGCAGAGGCGGGCCCCCAGGCGGUGAGUGGCAGGCGGAGCCUGGCUGUGGAUGAGCAGGCCCGAGGCUCGUCUCCAUCCCUCAGGAUUCGGGAGAGCCUGGCCAGGGACCCGGCCAGCCACCUGGAGAGGGAUGUCCGGUCGGCGCCCAGCUCUCUGCGCCUCCCUCGCAAAGCCGGCAGGCCCCCGAGGGCCAGCGCCCUAGCCACAUCACAGAAGAGUGUCCCCGGGGACCAGACUUCUUUCGGCACCUUGCCAAAGGUGAAGUACCACACGCUCUCCUUACGUCGGAAGAAAACGUUGCCGGAGUCCAGCUUCUGAUGUGUGUGUUCCAGGGCCGUGUGGAGCUGGCAUCCUCGCGACUCUGCGCUGAGCACCUGUAGGCAGCCUGUGUUGAGACUGGGAUUUGGGGAAGCCAGUUGUCUUGUGACCCCUGAAAAUAAAAAUUUUUUGGUCUCCGUAUCUAGAUUUUCAACCCCUAAUUCCAAAAAUACCUUCCUGCUGUAUUGUCGGCUGCGUUUAUGCGGUCAGACCACCAGAGGGAGCCGGUGGGUCAGCAUAACCAUUUGGGGACAAGAAUGGCUGUUUUGUUUAAAUAAUUCCAGGGCCUGAGUAUUUGUACUAAGGAGUGAUUGGGUGUCGGCAAACCAUAGAGCAUAACUCUGUGGGGAAUCCUCGUUAAUAAGAAUCUUUAUUAAAUCAAAUAUUGUCAUUGGUUUCUCCUAUGUAAACUUUUAUUGCUUUUCUUUUUUUUAAAUAGCGGAUUUCACAGGAAAAUCUUUUCCUCUUGAUGUUUCUCUGGGAUAAAGCAUUAAGGAUGCCAAAAAAAAGUGCUAGUGACACUAAAGAAGGAUUCUAGGAGAAUGAGAUGGGAGAGAAAUGAUUACGAUUUUAGGAGAGUAUUUAAUAUAUAACAAAAUAAUUGUAUUAAAGUUUUUCAAGGUAUUUAAAAAAACUAUUUUGAUACUAGGAAAAAAGGAAGUUCUUUUUUUAAAAAAAUUAACUAUGAGAUCUAUGUACAAUUUUAAUAAAAGCU